GAUAGUAUAAGCGAAUAUCUCAACGCUGGAAUCUUUCUUUCGUGUACGAACGUUGCAAGGUGUAACAUGGCAUCGAAAGUGUCUCGUGACACGCUCCUCGAGGGCGUCAGUGGACUGCUCGAGUCUUCGCUGAAGAAGAAGCGCGGCUUCUUGGAGACGGUCGAAUUGCAAAUCGGCCUGAAGAACUACGAUCCCCAAAAGGAUAAGCGUUUCUCUGGCACUGUUAAGCUAAAGCACAUCCCACGUCCCAAGAUGAAGGUGUGCAUUUUGGGUGAUCAGCAGCAUUGCGAUGAGGCCAAGGCCAAUGGCGUUGAGUUCAUGGAUGCUGAGGCCCUGAAGAAGCUGAACAAGAACAAGAAGCUGGUGAAGAAACUGGCCAAGUCCUAUGAUGCUUUCCUCGCCUCCGAGUCGCUGAUCAAGCAGAUUCCACGUCUGUUGGGUCCCGGUCUGAACAAGGCUGGCAAGUUCCCUGGUCUGUUGUCGCACCAGGAGUCGAUGAUGGGCAAAAUUGAGGAGGUCAAGUCCACAAUUAAGUUCCAGAUGAAGAAGGUCUUGUGCCUGUCCGUUGCCGUUGGACACGUUGACAUGAAGCAGGACGAGCUCUCCCAGAACGUGAGCUUGUCGAUCAAUUUCUUGGUCUCCCUGCUCAAGAAGAACUGGCAGAACGUUCGUUCCCUGCACAUCAAGUCAUCGAUGGGUCCACCCCAGCGUCUGUACUAAAUGUUUGUACUCGCAUCACAGCUGACACAUUUUUAAACAAAUAAACUAUACAUUUUUUGAAUGUACAA